AUGCCUUCUUAUUUUUAUCACAUCAAAUUUGAGCUGUAUCCCAUACCUAAUCCAUUAACUGCUUCGUCAGAGACCACAGACCUUAUCUGGCUACCGCUGCCCGAAUCGAGCGUUUUCGACGACUUUCCCUCCCACCCGAGACCAGAUCGACAGACAGCCUACAGAAUACCAAAUACCCCCGAUUCUCCUUCAUACCGCCCUGCGAACCACGCAUCUCCAUACGUAACUGUAGAGCAAAACUCGUCCACUUCGAGCCUCGGUAUAAUCGACUGUGGCACAGCAGCAGGACCGCCUGUCAAGGAAGACGAACGAAGAAUUGAAAUUGUGUCGGAGAGACAGUGGCUCGAGAGAGCCAAUAGCUUCCCACCACCAAACUCGAGCGCCGCAAUACACCCGCAAAACGCAGUUAGAGACUGGAGGUUUGGUCGCGUCAGUCUCGAAACAGUCGAUUUACGAACCGGACACACAAUGGCUAGCGAGGGGAGUCGAAACGCUCCAUCGGCGGCACCUUCUCUAGGGCCUAUGUUUGGAGGGGCUGGUACAGCGACCAAGGCAGAUCUCCUUCCACUUGAAACAAAGAAUACCGAACUCGGAUGGGGUGUCGUACACUUUUACCGAGAGAGCGAUGAGACGCCGAGUCUCAUCGAAGCGGAUGGCCAGGAGAACGGAACUGGAGACUUGAAAAAUAACGACUGUACAACGCUUUGCAUACCGGCAGUCCCUGCAUACAUGUCCCCAGGCGAUCUUAUGGGAUUUGUGGGAGAAAAAUGGAGAGGUGAUAUCAGCCAUUGCCGCAUGGUUAUGACCUCGCGAAUGAACAGGUACCUUGUACUUCUUAAGUUUCGAGAUAAUACCCGAGCGAAGCAAUGGCGUCGGGAGUUUGACGGCAAAGUUUUCAACACUAUGGAGCCUCAGAUAUGUCAUGUAGUGUUUGUCAAAAGCAUAACGUUUGAAACCCCGACGCGAAGAAAAUCUAACGCCGCUCUCUCACCUCUUUCCUCUUCAGCAGGAAUGUCGAGUAGCCUCCGGCCGUUUCCUCCCCCGACACCGAAUCUUGUAGAACUGCCUACAUGCCCUGUAUGCCUGGAGCGUAUGGACGAGACAAACGGAUUAAUGACUAUUCCAUGCUCUCAUGUGUUUCAUUGCACAUGCCUUCAGAAUUGGAAAGGAGCUGGGUGUCCCGUCUGUAGAUUUACGAACACGUCACCUGAUGCGAACCCGGAUCCCUCGAAUCCUCAUACACAGCCGUUUGGAUCCGGAGCCUCGAAUAUUUGCACCAUCUGUAGCUGCACAGAUGACUUAUGGAUUUGUUUGAUAUGCGGCUACGUAGGCUGUGGCCGUUACAAAGGUGGCCACGCAAAAGACCACUGGAAAGAGACGGCACAUUGCUUUGCUCUCGAGCUGGAAACACAGCAUGUCUGGGAUUACGCCGGUGAUAUGUGGGUGCACCGGCUUAUACGAGCCAAAGGUGAUGGCAAAGUGGUGGAGCUUCCUUCAAGAAGUAGAUCAAUUGGUCACCCAGAAGAAGAGGAUGUCGUACCUCGGGCAAAGCUCGAAAGUAUCGGUCUGGAGUAUACGCAUCUGGUCACAAGCCAACUUGAAUCGCAGCGGGUAUACUACGAAGAAUUGAUUCGCAAGACCGUUGACAAAGCCUCGAAAGCAUCCACGACUGCUGAGACUGCUGCCGCCCAGGCAUCCCAGGCCAUGGAGAAGUUAGCGUUAUUAGACGAGAAGUAUACGACUCUUAGUCAAGAAACGAUUCCCGAGCUGGAGAAGCAACUUGAAAGAGAGCGCAACAAGGCAAGCAAGAGCGAAGUAUUGGCACGCAACCUCGGAAAAUCUCUCCAGGAAGAGAAACGACUGAAUGAGGGAUUGAUGAAGCGAAUUGAACAUCUCAAUAAAGAUCACGAAGCAAUAGCUAUGGAGCUGGAGAAGGUCAAAGCGGAAAACGCAGAUCUGCAGGAGAUGAACCGGGAUUUGAGUAUGUUUAUCUCUGGGCAGGAGAAACUGAAAGAAAUGGAGAAUGAAGGCAAGAUUGAAGAGGGCGAGCUUGAGGGAGGUAGUGUGAGUGUACCGGAGAAGAAAAGCAGACGGCGAGGAAAGCGAUGA